AUGUUCAGCCAGACAACCAUCUGCCGCUUUGAAGCGCUCCAGCUCAGCUUCAAGAACAUGUGCAAGCUGAAGCCGCUGCUGCAGCGUUGGCUCAACGAGGCAGAGAACACGGACAACAUGCAGGAGAUGUGCAAUGCGGAGCAAGUGUUGGCCCAAGCCCGGAAGAGGAAACGCAGGACCAGCAUCGAGACCAACGUGAAGGGGACGCUGGAGAGCUUCUUCCGCAAGUGCGUCAAGCCCAGUCCCCAGGAGAUCUCCCAGAUUGCCGAGGACCUCAACCUGGACAAAGACGUGGUGCGGGUCUGGUUCUGCAACCGGCGUCAGAAAGGCAAACGGCUGCUGCUGCCCUUUGGCAACGAGGCGGAGGGUAUGAACCAGUCCCUGGUGCCCACCGGCCUGCCCAUCCCGGUGACGUCCCAGGGCUACAGCCUGGCUCCCUCCCCUCCCGUCUACAUGCCGCCCUUCCCCAAAGCUGAGAUGUUCCCUCAACCGCUGCAGCAGUCCUGCCCCAACACCGCGGCUGGGCUGGGGGGCAGUUCCCCCCCACCGUCGCCCUGA